AAUAUAGUAAAACAAAUCCUCCACUUCAAAUCCAAUUAAUUCCACCACCCAACAUUUAUUACUUUUCCUCUCAACAAAAAAAAAUCAGAUUUUUUACUACCCAACAAUUAUUUUACAGCAUCUCACCAUCUACCCAAUUUCUACGUGUUUAUAUAUCUCUUUUACAUUGGCAUUAUCAUUGUCCUCUGUUCUUUUGUUAUAAAAAGAUUUCACAAAAAAAAAAAGAUUUGGUUUUGGGUUCAGUAAUUGAAGUGAUCUAGAAAUGGCUUCCAAUGGAGACAACCAUGCUUCUGCAAAACCACCACCAGAACCAUCGCCGUUGCGAAAAGCAAAAUUUUUCCAGGCCAACAUGAGAAUUUUGGUGACUGGUGGUGCUGGAUUUAUUGGCUCUCACCUCGUUGACAGACUGAUGCAAAAUGAGAAAAACGAGGUGAUUGUUGUGGAUAACUACUUCACUGGAUCAAAGGAUAACCUAAAGCAAUGGAUUGGUCAUCCUAGAUUUGAGUUAAUUCGGCAUGAUGUUACUGAGCCAUUAUUGAUUGAAGUUGACCAAAUUUACCAUCUUGCUUGCCCUGCUUCUCCAAUUUUUUACAAAUACAAUCCUGUUAAGACAAUUAAGACAAAUGUAAUUGGUACUUUGAACAUGUUGGGACUUGCCAAGAGAGUUGGGGCGAGGAUUUUACUGACAUCAACUUCCGAGGUUUAUGGAGAUCCACUUGUGCACCCUCAAGAUGAGAGCUACUGGGGCAACGUCAACCCGAUCGGAGUUAGGAGUUGUUAUGACGAGGGGAAAAGAGUGGCUGAGACUUUGAUGUUUGAUUAUCACAGGCAGCAUGGAAUAGAAAUACGAAUUGCUAGAAUCUUCAACACUUAUGGUCCAAGAAUGAAUAUUGAUGAUGGCCGCGUUGUUAGCAAUUUCAUUGCCCAGGCUAUCCGUGAUGAACCCUUGACUGUUCAGCUGCCCGGAACACAAACUCGCAGCUUUUGUUAUGUUUCCGACAUGGUUGAUGGUCUUAUUCGGCUUAUGGAGGGAGAUAAUACUGGACCAAUUAACAUCGGAAAUCCAGGUGAAUUCACAAUGCUUGAACUUGCUGAGACCGUGAAGGAGCUUAUCAAUCCGGAAGUGCAAAUUAUCACAGUGGAAAAUACACCAGACGAUCCUCGCCAGAGAAAGCCAGACAUCACAAAGGCGAAAGAACUACUAGGCUGGGAACCAACGAUCAAACUGCGCGAUGGUAUUCCCCUUAUGGAGGAUGAUUUCCGUGGCAGGCUUUGUAUCUCUAGAAAGAAUUGAGCUUUUAUUGGUGUUAACUGAGGGGCAAACUUGUUAAAAGAGGGUAUGCUUUUAUGUUUUCAUUGUAUCAAAGGAUGUUUUGCCUCUGGCUAUCUUAGUACAUGGAGAAUGAACAAUACCAGUAUGCCUUAGUGCUAUACCUGCAUUUUAUGCCAAUUUUAAUAUAUGAUUACCGAAUAUCUUCUUGCC